UCUGCGCGGGGCGCACGUCCUUUUCCGUCACGUCUAACGCUCGCGGGCCUAAGUGGCCUGAUAGACUACGCUUCCCGCACUUCAGGGCGUCGCGCGCGCCUCACGCCGCUGACCUGGAAGGUGAAGCUCUGAAGAACUUUGCCCCGAGUUUCCCGGUCUAAGGAGAGGAGAGGGCCCCAGAGAACCAUGAAACUGCCCAACCCGGCGGGGCCGAAUAUUCCAUUAGGAGUCCAAGGCGGGCGAGGGCCGGGCCUCCGACGGAGAACAGCGGCUCCUGGGACUCCCGAGACCCGAGGCCGGAAGCGGCCCGUCCGAGGGGGCGGCCCGGCCGCGGAGGGGGACCCAGGCCCCGGGCACUUCGGCCCGGUCCCCGCACCGGCCUGCGGCCGGUCCCCCCGUGUUUCCUCCUCCCGCUUAUUUGCACUGUCCUUUCCGCGAGUAAAUGACACCCACGGCCCCGUGACAGUGACCGGGAGGCGUGCGCGCGCUGGACCCGGGCUGGGCCGGCGCUGCGGACCCGAGAGGCCGCCGGGGCUCGGGGCGGCGAGGCUUCCAGCCUUCCAGUGCCGCUCCAACCUCCUGCCCCCCAGCAGCAGACCCGUGCUUCGUGCUCAGCCUUCAGACCUCAGCAUCUCCAUCACGUCCUCGGAGAAGCUUCCUCUGGCCCCCCAGAGGACCAGAUGUAGUUCUGCUAUCUUCUGGCCUUUGAGAUGUCUCCUGAGAAAUUCAUAGAUAUUUGAAUCAUUGUUCCUCGGUAUGUAAUGUGUCGUUUUUUCCUCUAGCUGAUUUCAAUAAUUCUUUAAUUAUUUUUGGAUUUUAGAAGUUUGAUUAUUGUGUUCAGGCAUUGUUUUCUUUGAAAUUUUUCUGUAUGGAGUUUGCUGAGUGUCUUGAAUCUGUAAAUUUAUGUAUUUCACUAAAUUUGGGGGACUUUUUGCCAUUCUUGAUGAAAAAAUUUUUUUUGUUCCAACCACUCUCUCUUCUGCCUAUGGGACUCCAAUUAUGCUAUGUUAGAUCUGUAGAAGUUAUCUACCUGACACUCUGGGGUUUUUUUCAAUCUUUUAUCUCUCUGUUUGUUACGUUGGAUAAUUUUCAUUGUUCUAUUUUCAAGUUUGCUGACCCUUUCCUUUAUCAUCUACAUUCUGAUAUUGAGUCCAUCCAGUGAUUUUUUCACUUCAGAUAUGGUAUUUUUCAGUUCAGUAAUUUUCAAUUGGUUCCUUUUUCUAUUUUCCAUUUCUCUGUUGAGAAUUUGUAUCAUUUCAUUCAUUUCAAAUGUGUUUACCCUGACCUUAUGUAGCAUAGAUAUAAUCACUGCUUUAAGGUUUUUGUCUGAUAGUUCCAUUUUGAGGUUGGCAUUUUUUUCCCCUUGAGAAUUGGCCCUAUUUUCCUGGUUGUUUGUAUCAAUAUGUUGAAAGAUUUUGAGUUGUAUCCUGGACAUAACAAAUGUGAAUGUGAUGUAUUGUAGACCCUGGGUCCUAUUAUAUGUCACUGAAGAAUUGAUGUUUUGUGUUUUAGUAAGAAAUCGACUAGGUUAUGUUCAGACCAUAAAUUUUAUCCCACUUUCUGUUGGUUAUAUAUCAACUAAAACACACACACACACACACACACACACACACACACACGCAUACCUUUCAGUUGAC